AUGUAUCGAUGUACGUAUAGUACAUAUCUAUUAAUUAUGUUUUUAGAUGGUUGUCUUUCAGCUCAAAAUCUACUGCGUAGUCCUUUUCAUUCACCGCCUAUUUAUGAUAUUUGCCCAAGUCUAAUAUAUUGCCAAGGCGAAUUUCUACGUACAAUCCAACUUUCAAAAGUGUUUGGAUCGUCUAAAAUAUUUGUGGACCUGAAAAUGAAAAAAUUAGAAAAACGUAUAUUCACUAAUUUUUGUAAAUUGAAUAUAAGUUUUAAUGGCGAAAUACCAUUAUCAGAACUAAAUAAAUUUGUAACAAAUAACUUUCAACAGCAUACUUUUGAUAACUGGUUAAUACCGGAUUUCAGAAAUCAUCCAACAAUCAUUGAAUAUGUACAAGAUUAUACAUAUAAAGAAUUCUUGUCGGGAAUAAACCAGCUUUGGAAUAAAUUGGCAAAAAAAAUAUCACUAGACGUUAAAAUUAACCAAGAUCUUUACUCAAUGAUAUAUGUACCUAACGGAUUCUUUGUAAACAUGGAAUCUCAAAAUGAAUUUAAUUAUUGGGAUGCAUAUUGGAUAAUAAAAGGAGCAUUAAUAUGUGGAAUGGAAACUACCGUGAAAGGGAUUUUACAAAAUUUUCUUUAUAUAAUUCAAAACUAUGGAUAUGUAUUAAUGGGAAAUAGAAUAUACUAUGUAGGAAGAUCACAACCUCCACUUCUUAUUCAAAUGAUGGCUACUUAUUAUACAUAUACUAAAGAUGAAAAAUUUAUAACUGAUAAUAUUGGGCUCUUAGAUUCGGAAAUGAUGUUCUGGCUAAAAUACAGAACUGUUAAGGUAAAAAGUAUUGGUAAUACUUAUAUCAUGACUCAUUAUAUGAGCGAUACAUUUGACCCUCGUCCUGAAAUGUAUAGUAAUGAUGUACACAUAGCAAAGAGUUUGCCUACUACUCAAGAUCAAGACGAAUAUUUGCGUAGAGUAAAAGCUGCCUCCGAAUCUGGCUGGGGAUUUUCAAGCAAACAUUUCCACAAUCGGAAUCAUUAUAAUGAUUUUAGAAAGACAUUACUGAAAACAAAUCCACUGAAUUUUGCAUACGUUGAAUUGAACUCUAUAAUGCAAUCAAACUCCAAUAUUCUAUCAAACAUGUAUCUCAUUGCUAAUGAUCAAGUUAACUCAGAUUUUUAUAAACAACUCGCUUAUCGUUAUCAAGUCGGAAUAAACGCAUUAUUAUGGAAUGAGGAUGAAAAGAUAUGGUUAGAUUUUGACACAACGAUAGCAGAAAGUCGUAAUUAUUUUUAUGCGUCUAAUUUAGCACCUCUGUGGACUGGAAGUUAUGACGAUAAACUAAGUGAAUUUUACGGCGAUUCAGCGGUGGAGUAUCUAAUAAGAAACAAUAUUAUAAAUGAAGAUUUAACACCUCGUUAUAUAUGCGUACCAACGUCUUUGUAUAAUACUGGUCUGGACUGGGAUUAUUUCAACUGUUGGCCACAAUUACAAUCAAUGAUAAUUUUUGGAUUACGUUCGACUAAAAGUGAAAAAGCACAAAAGGUAGCAUUCAAUUUAGCCAGUUCGUGGGUGUACACAAAUUUUGCGGGAUAUAAUAUGACGAGAACUCUGUUCGAAAAGUAUAGUGCAAUUAAAUUGGGCAGUGAUGGCGAACAAAAGCCCCGUGAAAAUUAUCCAAUAGGAUACGGAGUGACAAUUGGAGUAUUAUUUGAAAUAUUUCAUGAAUGGGGAGAUAAAUUGAAGAAUUAACAAUAAUAAACAGAAUUAGGUAGAAUUACAUUAAACACACAAUUAUUAUACUAUAUUAAAAAGCAAAAUAAUUAUUUUAUUUUAAAAUUAUAAAAAUUAAACACGCAUUUUAUCGCCUACUUUUUUACUGUAAAAUAUAAAUAAUUAAUUCGUUGAUUACUUAAAAUACCAAAAUUCUUUGAACGUUUAUAAGCUAUAUCUUUAAACUAAAAGAUACAAUAAGUUGUAAUGUACGCAUUCAUACAUUAUGUUAUAUUUUCAAUUAUAUUCAUAGUAAAAAAAAAAAAAUGAUACAACAUACAACUGUGAAAAUGUGUACCAAGUACCUGUUCUUGUCUGUUUAUAUUUGUCUUAUCAGUUAUUACAUUUAUAUGAAACAAAUAAAACACUGUGCUUACAAUUUUACUAUAAUACCCAUAUGUG